UCUCACUGGUCAGAGGAAAGGCAUGCCUCCGUCGGCAUGCGAGUUUGUUUGGAUCUACAUGUGACACCGACUUCAUUUAAAUUAACAGAUACUCCUAACCACCAGGAAAUUUAACAAUAUCUGUCAGUGCAUCACAGCAGUCAUGGUAAAAAAAGGCAAGAAAGAAAAGAAGGUAAAGGGAGCGGAGAAGACAGCUGCCAAAAUGGAGAAAAAAGUUUCAAAGCGGUCCAAACGAGAGGAGGAGGAUCUGGAGGCUCUGAUUGCUGAGUUUCAGAAUCUGGAUGCAAAGAAGACCCAAGUUGUAGAGACAACAUGUCCACCUCCAUCACCAAGAUUGAGUGCGUCUCUCUCCGCCCAUCCUGAGAAAGACGAACUCAUCCUGUUUGGGGGAGAAUUCUUCAAUGGAAAGAAGACGUACCUGUACAACGAUCUGUUUUUCUACAACAUCAAGAAGAACAGCUGGGUUAAAUCAGACAUCCCCAACCCUCCUCCCCCACGCUGCUCUCACCAGGCGGUGGUAGUCCCCCAGGGUGGGGGUCAGCUUUGGGUGUUUGGCGGAGAGUUUGCCUCUCCAAAUGGGGAACAGUUCUACCACUACAAGGACCUUUGGGUGCUGCACCUGGCGACACACACGUGGGAGAACAUCAAGGCACCUGGGGGUCCACCAGGUCGCAGCGGCCACCGGAUGGUCCUCAGCAAGAAACAGCUGCUGGUGUUUGGAGGUUUCCAUGAGAACACCAGCCUCCAGGACGCUGAGGUCCUGGAGAGCCGGCAGAUUGCAGCCAAUCACCUUCUCAGCAAAGCGGAGGAUACGCUGCAGUCUGCUCUUGUGGAGUUCAGCCCCCAUAAGUGGUCGUGGUCCAGGUUGAACCCCUCUGGGAACAAGCCCCCUCCUCGCUCUGGUUUUUCUGUUGCGGUGGGCCCAGCAGGGCGGGCGCUGCUGUUUGGUGGGGUUUGUGAUGAGGAAGAGGAGGAAACGCUGGAGGGCGACUUCUACAACGACCUGUACCUGUAUGACAUGGUGAAGAACCGCUGGUUCCCCGGCCUGCUCAGGGGAAACAAGUCGGGGAAGAAGAAACGAAGGAGGGGGAAGAAGGGUGGAGCAGAGGGGCAGGGUGCAGAGAAGGAGGAGGAGGAGGAGGAGGGGGCACCCCAGGGACCCACUGAGGUCGUCAAGGAGAUUGUCACAGAGGACGGCACAGUGAUUACCAUCAAGGAAGUGAUCCCUGGAGCUCAGGAGGAGGAGGAGGAGGAGGGAGAAGAGGAAGAGGAGGACGAUGAUGCCUCGGCCCCCCUGGUGGAGCCCUGCGCUAGGUCCAGCGCCAUGGCAACGGCGCGUCAGGGCAAGCUCUUCCUGUACGGAGGUAUGUUUGAGGUUGGUGACCGCCAGUUCACCCUGAACGACUUCUACUCUCUGGACCUCAACAAGAUGGACCAGUGGGAGGUUCUGGUUGAAAUGGACCCAAAGACACAGGAGUGGCUGGAAGAGUCCGAGUCAGAGGAAGAUGAAGAGGAGGAGGAGGAGGCGGCGAAAGGAGCAGAAGGGGUGGAGGAGGGGGAGGAGGAGUCUGAAGAGGAAAGCGAGGAUGAGGAAGAUGAAGUGGAGCACCCCGCAGUGCAGGAGGGAGAGACGGUGAUGGAUUACCAGAGCCGUACAGAGCAGCACUGGAUAGGACUGGCACGUGCCAACAUGGGCCCCGACGCCAAGGAGAAAAAGGUGGCCAAGGUUGCCCUCGCCAUGGCUAAAGUCUUCUUUGAAGACCAAUAGUGGGAUACGCCAAACUGUUUGACUGUGUGUGUGUGUGUGUGUGUGUGUAAAAUAGUUUUUUGUAAUUACCUUUUUAUAAACAUGUCAUUUGAACUGUACUGCAAAUAAUUCAGUAUUGCAAAUUGAAUUUCAUUCAAGUUUAAAACAGAAAAUAAAAACACUUUUUCUCCCACUGAUAAAA